AUGAAUUUCUUGACGAUCAUAAAGGCUGGCCUGGCACUUGCCAUAUUCUCCUGGCUGCCCACGCUGGCAUUGCAGGCGUUUCUUACAGUACGUCCUGGCUCCUGGUGUGUUCAGGCGCUGGUUCAGUCACGUUUCGCGCGGCCACGGCUUCAACUCCAGGGCUCGUCCCAACAUAUGCAUAGAUGGACAGGGACUUCCGCACUCAGCAAGCGUGUAGUGAGGAAGAAUGGCCUGUUAGGAUGCAGUGCGCUCAGCUUUGAGCCGCGGUGUGAGUUGUCAGCAGAUUUGGGACCAGUUUUGGCAGUCUCAGCGGGCAGUGGUCAUACCUGUGCAGUGCGCUCAGAUGGUCAGCUCGUCUGCUUUGGAUUGAACUCAGCUGGGCAGUGUGACGUGCCGGCAGAUUUGGGACCAGUUUUGGCAGUCUCAGCGGGCUUUGCUUCUACCUGCGUAGCGCGGGCAGAUGGUCAGCUCGUCUGCUUUGGA